AUGGCAGCAUAUGGUCACCUGAAUGAGAGACUUGCCAGUGGAGACUCUGCAUCAUUACUGAUAGCAGAGAAUGUUGUUGCUUCAUUCUAUUUAGCUUUAAAUCAGUCCAUGUUCUGUCUGAAGCUCCUUGAAGGAAGAGAGGAUUUGCAGGUUAACCAGCUGGAAACGCAAAUAUGGAUAAAACCAGACAUACAGAAGACAGAUGUGGACUUUUCAGAAAUUCUUAAUGCAAUACAAGAAAUAGCUAAGGAUGUCAACAUUUUUUUUGAUGAGUUAGAAGGUGUGAACAGCCCUUCCAAAGAUGAUGAUUCCCUGCUUCACCAUGGUAACUUGACCAGUACUUCUGAUGAUGCCAGCAGGUUGGAAGUUGUGGGAGAGGAAGUACCUGAUAAGAACAAAACCAAUGGACUGUAUUUUAGAGAUGGGAAAUGUCGGAUUGACUACAUCCUUGUGUAUAGAAAAUCUAAUCCACAGACAGAGAAGAGAGAAGUAUUUGAGAGAAAUAUCAGAGCAGAAGGACUUCAAAUGGAAAAAGAAUCAUCCCUAACAAACAGUGACAUCAUCUUUGUGAAACUGCAUGCCCCUUGGGAGGUCCUGGGCAAAUAUGCUGAACUAAUGAAUGUAAGAAUGCCUUUCAGGCCCUUUAACCCCUUCAAUGCUGGAACCCCCUGCAUACUUGUGCGCUGCUGUUUUUUAAAUGGACAUUUCAUUGAAAUCAAUGGGAGGUCAAGAAGAUCCAGGAGAAAAAUCUAUUACCUGCAUCGCCGAUACAAGUUCAUGAAUAGGAUCGAGAAACAGAUAAGCAGGUUCCGAGGAUGGUUGCCCAGAAAGCCAAUGAAACUGGACAAGGAAACACUGCCAGAUCUGGAGGAGAAUGACUGCUAUACUGCUCCGUUCAGCCAACAAAGGAUCCACCACUUCAUAAUACACAACAAAGAUACUUUCUUCAAUAAUGCUACAAGAAGUAGAAUUGUACACCAUAUCUUACAAAGAGUGAAAUAUGAAGAAGGGAAAAACAAAAUUGGUCUGAAUCGAUUGCUCAGUAAUGGCUCCUAUGAAGCUGCAUUUCCUCUUCAUGAGGGAAGUUACAGAAGUAAGAAUUCAAUAAAAACCCACGGAGCAGAAAACCACAGACACCUGCUCUAUGAGUGCUGGGCUUCCUGGGGAGUGUGGUAUAAAUACCAGCCACUGGAUCUUGUAAGACGGUACUUUGGUGAGAAAAUUGGGCUGUACUUUGCCUGGUUAGGCUGGUACACAGGGAUGCUCUUCCCAGCUGCCUUCAUUGGAUUGUUUGUCUUUUUGUAUGGAGUCACCACUUUGAACCACUGCCAAGUCAGUAAAGAAGUCUGCCAAGCUACAGAUAUCAUAAUGUGUCCUAUAUGUGAUAAAUACUGCCCCUUCAUGAGGUUGUCAGACAGCUGCAUUUAUGCCAAGGUAACCCACCUUUUUGACAAUGGAGCUACUGUCUUCUUUGCUGUUUUCAUGGCAGUGUGGGCCACUGUUUUUCUGGAGUUUUGGAAAAGAAGGCGAGCAGUAAUUGCUUAUGAUUGGGACUUGAUAGACUGGGAAGAAGAAGAGGAGGAAAUACGUCCGCAGUUUGAAGCCAAAUACUCCAAGAAAGAACGAAUGAACCCCAUAUCCGGGAAGCCAGAGCCUUAUCAAGCAUUUGCAGAUAAAUGCAGCAGACUCAUCGUUUCUGCAUCUGGAAUAUUUUUUAUGAUCUGUGUGGUGAUUGCUGCUGUUUUUGGCAUUGUUAUUUACCGUGUUGUGACUGUCAGCACUUUUGCUGCCUUUAAGUGGGCUUUAAUCAGGAAUAACUCUCAGGUUGCAACUACAGGGACUGCAGUGUGCAUCAACUUUUGCAUCAUCAUGCUACUGAAUGUGCUGUAUGAAAAAGUUGCUCUUUUCCUGACAAAUUUAGAGCAGCCUCGUACCGAGUCGGAGUGGGAGAACAGCUUCACUCUGAAAAUGUUUCUUUUUCAGUUUGUCAAUCUGAACAGCUCUACCUUUUAUAUAGCAUUCUUCCUUGGAAGAUUUACAGGACACCCUGGUGCCUACUUAAGGCUGAUAAACCGGUGGAGGCUGGAAGAGUGCCACCCUAGUGGAUGCCUUAUUGAUCUCUGUAUGCAAAUGGGUAUUAUAAUGGUGUUAAAGCAGACAUGGAAUAAUUUCAUGGAAUUGGGAUAUCCGCUAAUUCAAAACUGGUGGACCAGGAGAAAACUACGGCAAGAGUAUGGCACACAUGGAAAAACAAGCUUCCCACAGUGGGAAAAGGACUAUAAUCUGCAGCCUAUGAAUGCUUAUGGACUCUUUGAUGAAUACCUAGAAAUGAUUCUUCAGUUUGGGUUCACAACCAUUUUUGUGGCAGCUUUUCCACUGGCACCACUUCUGGCCUUACUAAACAAUAUUAUUGAAAUUCGGCUUGAUGCUUACAAAUUUGUUACUCAGUGGAGAAGACCUUUAGCUUCAAGAGCCAAAGAUAUAGGCAUCUGGUACGGGAUCCUGGAAGGCAUUGGAAUUCUUUCGGUUAUCACAAACGCAUUUGUCAUAGCAGUGACAUCAGAUUUCAUCCCUCGCCUUGUUUAUGCUUACAAAUACGGACCUUGUGCUGGCCAAGGAGAAGCAGGACAAAAGUGUAUGGUUGGCUAUGUUAAUGCCAGUUUAUCAGUAUUUCUGGUGUCUGACUUUGAAAACCGUUCAGAGCCAACAUCAAAUGGAAGUGAGUUCUCUGGUUCCCCAUUAAAAUAUUGCAGGUACAGGGACUACCGAGACCCUCCGCACUCGCCCGUGCCCUACGGUUACACGCUGCAGUUCUGGCACGUCUUAGCAGCACGCCUGGCCUUCAUUAUUGUCUUUGAGCACCUUGUCUUUUGCAUAAAGCAUCUGAUCUCCUACUUAAUUCCAGAUCUUCCAAAAGAUCUGAGAGAUCGAAUGAGGAGAGAGAAGUACCUGAUUCAGGAAAUGAUGUAUGAAGCUGAGCUAGAACGUCUGCAAAAAGAGAGGAAGGAAAGGAAAAAGAAUGGAAAAUCUUAUCACAAUGAGUGGCCAUGA